AUGGCAACUGUCUUUACACCUCGAGCAAAGCCCUCCUCAGGAAAUGCAACACUGCAUGAACACUACAAUUAUGUGGGGAAGCUAGAGAACAGGCUGAAGGAGGCCACCCAUAGCAGCACACUUACCACUGUCAUGUUCCUGAUCAUCUGUAGCUUCAUUGUCUUAGAGAACCUGAUGGUUUUGAUCGUCAUCUGGAAAAACAACAAGUUCCACAACCGGAUGUACUUCUUCAUUGGCAAUCUGGCUCUCUGUGAUUUGCUGGCUGGCAUAGUGUAUAAGGUCAACAUUUUGAUGUCAGGCAAGAAAACUCUCAGCUUGUCUCCAACUGUCUGGUUUAUAAGGGAAGGCAGUAUGUUUGUGGCUCUUGGGGCCUCCACUUGCAGCUUGUUGGCCAUUGCUAUUGAGAGGCACUUGACAAUGAUCAAAAUGAGGCCCUAUGAUGCCAACAAGAAGCACCGGGUCUUCCUUCUGAUUGGAAUGUGCUGGCUAGUUGCCUUCUCCCUGGGGGCCUUACCCAUUCUGGGCUGGAACUGCCUUCACAAUCUCUCUGACUGUUCCACCAUCCUGCCUCUCUACUCCAAGAAGUACAUCGCAUUUUGCAUCAGCAUAUUCAUAGCCAUUUUUGUGACGAUCGUGAUCCUCUAUGCCCGGAUCUAUUUCUUAGUGAAGUCAAGUAGCCGCAAGGUAGCCAACCCCAACAACUCAGAGCGGUCUAUGGCCCUGCUUCGGACAGUGGUGAUUGUGGUGAGUGUAUUCAUUGCCUGCUGGUCCCCACUCUUCACCCUCUUCCUUAUUGAUGUGGCCUGCAAGGUGAAGGAGUGUGCUGUUCUGUUCAAGGCCCACUGGUUCAUCAUUCUGGCUGUGCUCAACUCUGCCAUGAACCCCAUCAUCUAUACUCUGGCCAGCAAGGAAAUGCGGCAGGCAUUCUUCCGUUUGGUCUGCAACUGUCUGGUCAAGGGCCAGGGCACCCGCUCCUUGCCCAUUCAGCCGGCACUGGAUCCAAGCCACAGCAAAUCGAGCACCAGCAACAAUAGUAGCCACUCUCAGAAGAUCAAGGAAGACCUUCCCCAAACAUACACUUCUCCCUGCAUCACUGACAACAACAAAACCCUAACAAAUGGAAUCCUCUGCAAAUGA